AUAUAAUACCACCGUCGACUCAUCCACACACUUGUUGCUUAUUUUUUUUUAUUGAGAAAUCCAACCGCAUGGGUAUCCACUAUCGUCACAACACGCGAAGGCAUCAGUCGCAACACUUCUUCUCAGCUGCUCUGCACAGAGCAGACCCUCUUCUACGAAUUGACACCACUUGUAGGGAUUUUGUGAAAGAAACACGUACGACAAAUAUAUUCAAAGGAAAAGUUUUUUUUUUCUUUCUUCGUGGUGUGACGAAUUAAAUUGAAUUUAUUGAUACAAGUGGGAAGUAAAGGAAAAUUUUUCUUUUCCCCCUAAAUCGUCAUUUAAUGUUUGACUUUAGUUAAUUCAAAGUUACUUUAUUUAGUUAAUGUGUUUUUCUGGUGAAAUUUAAUACCCCCUCAGUGUGGUUUUGCUGUUGUUAUCUCAAUGAGAGUAAAUGUGAUGAUAAGUGGAAAUAAUUGAAGUGACUGAGAAAAUUAAUAAAAAAUAAUAUAUUAUUUAUAAAAUAUAUUCAAUUAAAUUUAUAUAACUCUGUGACCUCAUGCGUUUUUCAUGAAUUGGAGGCAAAAGUAGAGAGAGAGAGAGAGAGAGGGUGAGACAGAGAGAUGGAAAUUGUGAAAUAAAAGGUACCUUUAUAGGAAGAAAAAAUUUAUGCAUGAACGCAGAAUAUUCUUCAGAAGACUUUGUUGCGUGUGGACAAAUUGAGUUAUUUUUUUAAGUCAACUGUACAUUUAAAUUUGAACCAAAUUUAACGCAACAUAUCAGUUUAUUCUGUGACUAUUCACUGUGACGUGUUAAUUAAAGAAAAUAAUAACACUGUGUGCCAAAAUUAAAUAAAGAAAUAAGACAAAUAUUAAAGAACGAAUUUAUUCCAAAGAAUUGCCUUUGAUCGUUUUGUGAGCAUUUUGCUAAUCUCAACAGAAGAAGAAAAACGGAAAAAUGUACACUGGAAUUAGUGGCGAAGCCCCUCCUGAGGAUUUUAGUGAAGAAUUCCCAGAGAUUCUUCCGGUUUUACGAAGACAAAUCAAUGGAUUGUGUGACAAAUCAACUCUUCUGAAGAGACUACCCGUCCUAAAUUGGUUACCAAAGUACCAAUUGAAUUAUUUAUUCUCAGACUUUGUGGCGGGCUUGACGGUGGGACUAACAGCCAUUCCACAGGGAAUAGCAUACGCAGUUGUGGCUGGUUUAGAGCCACAAUAUGGACUUUACUCUGGAUUUAUGGGGUGCUUUAUGUAUUUUAUUUUUGGAAGCUGUAAGGAUAUCACUAUAGGUCCUACAGCUAUAAUGUCGCUCAUGGUUGCUCACUAUGUGACAGCAAGUCCUGACUAUGCAGUAUUAAGUUGUUUCCUAAGUGGCAUUGUGAUCUUUCUCUUGGGAGUAUUAAAUUUGGGCUUUCUCGUGCAAUUCAUCUCAAUCCCCGUAACGGCGGGCUUUACAUCAGCAGCUGCCAUAACGAUUGCCAGUACUCAACUGAAAUCCCUCUUUGGCCUCCCUGGUCAUGCGAAUGACUUCAUUGAAGCCUGGAGUAAUUUCUUUCGAAACAUAACUUAUAUUAAACUCUGGGAUUCAGUUCUUGGUAUCUGUACUGUUGUAUUUCUGCUUAUUCUCAAGCGAUUGGGCAGUAUUCAAAAAUGGAGAUUAUUCUUCAGAUACUUGUCUCUGUCUCGGAAUGCUUUGGCUGUAAUCAGUGGCACGGUUCUUGCGUAUCUUCUCUACAAAUUCAACAAUGAAACACCUUUUGCGUUAACUGGAAACGUCGCAUCGGGUCUUCCGUCAUUCCAGCCACCGCCUUUCUCCACAAUUGUGGCCAAUGAAACGGUCCAUUUUAGCGAAAUGAUCCACACGCUUGGAUCAAGCAUCAUAGCCAUCCCCAUGGUAUCAAUUCUUGAGAGUGUUGCCGUUGCAAAGGCUUUCUCAAAGGGAAAAACUGUUGAUGCUACUCAGGAGAUGAUCGCUCUUGGGGCAUGCAACAUAAUGGGAUCAUUCGUUCUCUCAAUGCCAAUUACGGGCUCUUUCACGCGGACAGCAGUUAACAACACGAGCGGCGUCAAAACAACCUUCGGAGGAGUCUUCACAGGCAUCCUGAUCCUCCUUGCCCUCGGUUUCCUAGCUCAGACAUUCUACUUUAUCCCCAAGACUACACUAGCUGCUGUAAUCUUAGCUGCCAUGUUCUCCAUGGUUGAGUAUGAACUGCUAAUCAAGCUCUGGCGAACGCGACGAAUAGAGGUAGUACCCUUUCUGGUUACUCUCCUAUCCUGCUUGAUCCUAGGACUUGAGUAUGGAAUUGUAAUCGGUGUUGGGGUUAAUUUACUCUUUGUCCUCUACACCACCGCACGACCCAACACAACACGUGAUGUGUGCAAAAUCAUCGACACGGAGAUCCUCGUUGUGUCUCCUGAUCAGAGUUUAGUCUUCUCAGCGGCAGAGCACUUCAAGUACAAAGUACUCAAGUAUGCUGUCAAUGCACCCGAUGCAGUGAGUCUGAUUGUCAUCAAUGGGCACUACGUACAGAGUAUUGAUGUUACUGUAGCAAUGAACCUCAACUCCCUGGUUGGAGACCUCAAGAUUCUGGGCAAGUCUGUCCUCUUCUGGAACUGGCCCAGACAAACAGUUGCCCUGGCGUGGCGACUUAGUCCAGAAUUUGGGGCACUUUUUAAGCGAGUCGAAAAUAUGGAUGAUCUAGUUAAAUUAUGGCAGAAUGAUAAGCAGGACUACAUCAAUGGCAUUUCUUGCAGUUAAAAUCUCCUUGUAUGCCAUAUAAGUUGUUUUUCCAGUGUAUGAGCUGUGAGUUGGUUACUCUUUACAAAAAAAAGCUUCACCUUCAGUGACUGUCAAUGCUGUAAGAUUAUUGAAUUUUCUCGAUUUUUACCUGAAUUUGAAGGAGUUUUGAAUCUCUCUACAAGAUUUGAAGAGGACUCCUAAAAAAGACUAGUAGUACUUACUAGAUUACUACACCUAACCUAACAUUUAAAAUCCCGAAGACCGAAAUCGUCAAUGAAGAAAACAAAAUGGCGGCUUUGCAGUAACAUUUUAUGGGACGAUAUUUAGACAGCAUUGAGAGUCAUUGAAAAGGUCUGCUCCUUCUUGCUAUAAAACUGACAAACAACGCCUUUAUCUUCGAUUUCCAAUAUCAUUUUGGAAAGAUGGCACUGUUAGUCAGUUUUAGAGCAAUUCGAUGUAUGAAGAUCUUUAAUUAAAUUCAGUUUAUAGCAUUCCAUACAGUAUACCUAUUACAGGAAAGAAGCCGUACGAAUUUGUAAAGUGAUUUACAUGAGAAUUUUUGUUUAUUUUCCAAAUAAAUGUCUAUUUAUUGUUGA